ACACACUCUAGAGAGAGAGAGAGAGAAGCAAGGGAGAGAAGAUGGGAAUUUGUGCUUCCAUUUCAUCUCCAGUGAUACAUGAUGAUUCCUAUGGCCAAGAGAGUGCUGUGUAUUAUACAGGAAUCAGUAGCAAUGAAUCAUCACAGAAAAUUGGCUCAGUUUAUUCUCAUGCAGGAAGCAAAGGAUUGAACCAAGAUUGUGCUCUUCUUUUUCAGGGCUACGGAGUCGAGGAAGGGGCCAUUUGUGCGGUGUUUGAUGGGCAUGGCAAGAAUGGGCACACAGUGAGCAAGAUUGUGAGGAACAGGCUGCCUUCUCUCCUUCUCAACCACAGAAAAAUGGGGAGUGAUCAAAGCAAGAAUUUCCAAAGAUGGAAAGAAGCUUGCAUCACUUCAUUCAAAGCUGUAGACAGAGAGAUUCAAUUUCUUGAAACCUUGGAUUGCUCUUGUAGUGGAACAACUGCUACUGUCGUAAUCAGACAGGCUGAAGAUCUGACGGUUGCAAAUCUCGGAGAUUCGAGAGCAGUUCUAGGGACUAGGAGCGAGAAUGGGAUCGUGGCCGUUCAGUUGACUAAUGAUCUCAAGCCUGGGGUGCCAUGUGAAGCAGAGAGAAUAACAAAGUGUAAAGGGAGAGUGUUUGCACUAAAAGAUGAGCCACAUAUACAGAGAGUCUGGCUGCCUUAUGAUGACUCGCCCGGACUCGCUAUGUCUCGAGCUUUUGGGGAUUUCGUGCUAAAAAACAAUGGCAUUAUUUGCAUCCCGGAGGUCUCCCACCACCGGAUCACUCCCCAAGACGAGUUUCUUGUCGUGGCGACAGAUGGGGUGUGGGAUGUGCUGAGCAACGAGGAAGUAGUGUCGAUGGUAGCGGCUGCAGAUAAUGAAGAGGUAGCAGCAAAGGCGGUGGUUGAUGCAGCAAUUGCAAUGUGGAAACACAAGUUUCCCAACUCAAAAAGGGAUGAUUGCACUGUUAAUUGUCUAUUUUUGCAAUCUAAAUCACUCUAGAUUUAUAUCUUGAUAUAUAUACAUAUAGAGUCUUGAAGUCUACUGGGGUUUUAGACCACUUCAAUAUCAUAGCCAAAUACUACAUGAUAUGAUGUAUAAACCAUGAUAUUUGAAUAUUGAGUGAAAGUAGGAAAUGUUUAGUGUAAAUAUGGGUUUGAACCUAGCUGUACUCAAUGUUUUUUCAGAAAAAUAUCUCCUAACUUAUGGUC